AUGCAUGUCGAGCGAAGAAGACAAGAGUUAUGUGAUGCUAUACCCACCGGAUGUACUCAAUGUAAAAAUGCCGGUCGUCAAUGUCCUGGGUACAGAUCUCAAGUCGAUCUGAUCUUCCGGGAGGAGACCAACAACGUCAUUAAGAAAUCAAAGGUUAAACACGAGAAAGCGGCCAAGCAAAGGAACUCAGAAUCUGUCUGUCCCAGUUCUACUGCCCCUUACUCCAUCACCACUUCCCGGACUUCAAAUCGAGAAAUCUCGCCACGUGAUAUAGUUUCAAGAAUCCCACAACCCAGGCAGGUUAUAUCUGUCAACUACCUCAACAUAACGCCAUCGAUUGAAGAUAGGGCUACCGCAUUUUUCCUGUCAAACUACGUAAUCGGUGAUCAUGGUCCAACUCGAGGACAUCUAGACCAUAUUUCCGACUUGUACGAGUCCGAUAGUAUAGAUGACAAUCUUGUCGCCGCAGUCCAGGCAGUUGGCCUGGCCGGCUAUUCACAUUCAGCGAAAGCUCCCCAUCUUAUGAAUCAAGCUCGCGUACAAUACGCCAGAUCACUUCAUCUCACCAAUACUGCCCUUCAAUCUCCAACUGCCGUCAAAAAAGACAGUACUCUAUUGGCGAUAUUGAUCCUUGGUAUUUUUGAAACUAUCACGGGUCGCAACCAAAAAUCAAUGAAAGCAUGGGCCGAGCAUGUACACGGUGCCGCGGCCGUUAUUAAGCUUCGAGGUCCGGAAGCUAUCAGAUCUAAUGGAGGCAUACGUCUGUUGGCUCAAGUGACUUCAAGUUUGUUGAUAUCGUGUAUACAACGGGACAUACCAUUGCCGAAGUAUAUUGUGGAAAUGUCAGGAUUUGCACAAAACAAUAUGAAAAAUAUUGAUCCGGCCUGGGUCGCUCAAAGAACAAUGAUCGAUUACACAGCUUUCAAUGCAAGAUAUCAUGCAGGCUACUAUACUGAUCCUCAUGACCUUCUUACUGAAGCUGAGGCUCUGGAUGAAAGAUUCCUCGCUUUCUCUACAAAUGUACCGAAAGGAUGGGAAUAUAGUACUGUUCAUACGGAAGAUGACCCAGAUAUUGUGUUCGAUGGCUACUAUCACAUCUACUACGAUCAUUGGGUGGCUCAGAUCUGGAAUGCGAUAAGGGAAUUGAGAAUUCUUCUCAAUGAAACAGUCAGAGAGGUUUUACUGAAAGACUUUGCCUCCCCAACACCGUACUUACUCGGUCCCGAAUAUGCAGAGCGAUUCCAGAUUUGCACCGAAAUUAUGUACCAACUUCAAGCAGAGAUCCUAGCAAGUGUACCUCAACAGGUGGGCUACACUGCGAGAAACGUUACUCCUACGCAGCCCUGGAGUGGCUUCAAAGUGGAUGGUUUCGGAGAGGAAUUCCCAGUGGUUCGAUUUUCUGGUGGGUAUUUUCUUAUUUGGCCACUAUUCCUCGUGGGCAACUUGCGCAUUUCUACUCCAGAAGUUCGAGCAUUUUGUGUCCAGAAAUUGCGAUAUAUUGGAACGCAGAUGGGGAUUGAACAUGCAAAUCUUCUGGCUAGUAUAAUGGAACAAAAGACUCCUAUUACUCUCAUUGCGGGAAACCACCAAUCCGUCCAAUAUAUGGUCAAAGUCAAGAGUGAUCAAGACUGGCAGGAUGACAACAACAACAGCAGCAACCCCAACAUGGACAAUAAUAAGCUUCUUAUGUUUGCAAUCAGCAGACCUCCCUCUGUUUCCGAAAAGCUCGAUUAUUGA